CUCCACUUGUGCGGCCUUCUCCGCUGAUGGAAAGCUGCUAUCCACUGCAGGUUGGGAGGAUAAAAAUGCGUACAUAUGGGACAUCCAAGACAUCCUCAAAACAGCUGGCCUAGAAGAUCUCCUGUCCAUACCUGAUGCACAAAAAUCCGAACUCAAAAAGAAGCUUUUCAAGGAUAAAGCACAUUUCUCUCUCCGAGCCAUCGCAGGACAUAGAAGGCAAUUCGUUUUUGGAGGCUGAUGCUACACAAGGUUUCAGCCAGUUCGGGGAAGAUGAACUUUCACCAGGAUUUUUUGACAGUCCGCAAGUCGAUGCUCAUUCCCCCGCAGCACUUGGUGCCCGUGUGAGGUUUUCUGCAUUACUUGGUCGCUUUCCCUACCUCCUUCACCGUUCCGAACCCAAUCAAGCGACAGAAACUCAGCAGCCUCCAGUGCCUUUGGAGUCACGCUCGCGUGUGCUCUUCGACCGCCUAUCCUCACUCCUUCAUUCUCCGCCAAAUACUCAUGAGAUAUCUGAACCUUCGCAACCUCCAAUGCUUUCGCGAUUAAGUCCCCGAGUGCUCCUUGGUGACUUAUCCGAACCUUUUUCCCGCCCUCGAAUCUACGUCAAGGAAACAACCGAACCUCAGCGAUCCAAAACGCCCCGGAGGUCACGUCCAGUGUUGCCUAGUGCCAACUACGUCUCAUCUCAGUUGUCAUGUCAACGAUGUUGCCGCGAUGCGGGACAGGGAGGUGUUAGUUGUUGCUCGUCGGCCCGAAACUGCUAGUGAAAUAGCCAGGCGCGUCAAGAACCCUAAACCAUGGGUUCGUGUGGUAUUUUUUCUCUGUUGUGUGUCUCCAGGUACCGACGACGUCACUAGCAGCACAUAAACACCUAUUUUUUUCAUCACUUUAGUUCUUUGUUUCCACCUGCCUUAUUAUCAUUGUACCAAAUAUCAUGUAUUUCUGCGCGUAUUGACACACCAGCGCAUGUUUCUGCAUGAAUUCCAGUCAACUUGCAUGUAGCCUAACUUCACGCAAUACU